UACAAACCCUCACCGAUCUUCAACAAUCCCAUUUUCCAUUCAUCUUCACACCCACAUAACAUACAAUCAUAUAAUCUUUUGGAAAACAGAAAUUAUGGAAAAGCCGUCUUCCAAGGAGAUUGAGGUUACUGUUAUUUCUGGUGAGGGUUUGCUCCUAAGCCGGAGACCCGUCAAGAAAAACGUGUCCGUCACCGUAAAAACCGACCCCUUUAACUCCCGAUCUACGGGUGUGGAUCCGGAGGGCGGGAGUUACCCUGCAUGGAACGAGAAGCUGGUCAUGGAGCUGCCCCUGCAUGCCCAUUUCAUUACUGUGGAAGCGCACGCGGGCAGCAGGCUGAUCGGAGUCGCGAAUAUACCCGUAUCCGAUUUCUCGGGUGGGUACUUGCCCGAGAACUAUUUGAGUUUCUUGAGUUACAGGCUGAGGGACUCUAAUGGCGAGAAAAAUGGGAUUAUCAAUCUGUCGGUGAAGGUGAAGGGGAGCGGAAACAUGGGAUACGCCGGCAGUUCGCGGCCCUGGAUGGGGGUUCCAACAGCGGAUGCUAAGGUGUCUGACGGGAUCGUUACGGGUAUUCCCGUCUCGUAUAGAUACUGAAUUUUUCUUUUUCUUUUCUUAGUUGUGGUUGAAAUUAAAGAUUUUUUUAUUUAUGGAGGAGAAAUUGUAAUUAAAUGGGUAUGGCGAUUGAUUUGCUAGGUUUAUUAUGUGUCAAAUAUCACACUUGUUGUACAAUUGAUCAAUUUCUUUAAUAUUAUAUUUGGAACCAUUGGAUUUAAGCGAA